AUGAAAGAUUUUAUGGUUUUGUUGCUUUUAGCUGUUGUUAUUUGUGCAGCUCCAAUCGAUUUUGAAAAAGCAAGCAAUGAGCAGACGCUAAUUGUCGUGAAACCGGAUGGAGUGAGGAGGGGAUUGACCGGUCGAAUCAUUCAACGUUUCGAGGACCGUGGCUACAAAAUUGUCGCAAUAAAAAUGCUAUCAGCAACACUAGGGCAAUUGGAGCUAAAUUACUGGGAUCACAAGGGUUUACCCUACUACGAGGAGAUGCUCGCCUACAUGCAAUCGGGGCCCGUUGUGGCGAUGGUUUGGCAGGGAUUCGAUGUGGCCAAUCAGGCACGAAUCAUGCUUGUCGGGCAUCCCUCCGAAAAGAACCCGUCUCCAGUGAGCCCAAACUGGUCGAAUCACACCGUCACAUCACCGCCCGGCUCGAUUCGCGGCGAUUUUGCUAUUCAUAACCGUCAAAACGUGUGCCACGGCUCGGACUCGGCUGAGGCCGCCAAGAAAGAGAUUGCUUUGUGGUUUCGUGCUGAUGAGAUUCAACCGUUGCACAUUGAUCCAAAUGCUUAU